UAAAUUUAGGAAAGCCACCAUCAGCCUCGUUGCCACACAUGACUCUAACCCCAACCUUUAUGUGGAAGAAGUCAAAAUCGGUCAAUGGUCAAAUAUGACUACGACAUCUAUCUAUUUAUUGAAAAUAAAAUAAAUAAUAGUCAUAUCCAUGCAUAUAUAUACACUUAAACAUCCACACACACUUUAGCACGUUACAUUAUAUUCACCUACAAAUUAAUAAAAACUUAGAAAGGGUGACCAAGUCGAUGGAGAACGAAGAUCAAAGAGGGAGAAGAGAGAACAAAUAUCGAGGCAUACGACGAAGACCAUGGGGUAAAUAUGCUGCUGAGAUACGUGAUCCUAAUAGGAAUGGUGCACGUCUAUGGUUAGGUACUUUUGAAACAGCUGAAGAAGCGGCUAGAGCUUAUGAUAGAGCCGCGUUUUCUCUAAGGGGUCAUCAAGCCAUUCUCAACUUCCCUAAUGAUGGACAUUAUCAUAUCAAUAAUAAUACUAAUGUACCUCUAGGUGUUGGACCAAGCUAUAACACGCCAUCUACAAUGGGGAACAAUAUGAACAUGUCCUCUUCUUCUUCUGCUUCGGCUUCUGCUUCUGCUUUUUCUGAUGAUAGACAUGAUCACGGAGAGAAGGUUGAGUUUGAGUAUUUGGAUAACAAUCUUCUAGACGAACUUCUUGCUUCACAAGUUCAUCGCCAUGAUAAUAAACGUCCUAAGUUUUAGAUUGCUUCCAAUUGCUUGAAAUUAAUGUUCUUAUUGAUUUGUUACUUAAUUACCAUUUUAUUGUCUUGUUAUUUCCAAUUUCUUUAAUUUUACGUCCAACUUGCUCUAAUUUGCUAUAUCUCAUGUUAGUAUUUUCAUCAUCCUCAUUUCUUUCUUUAUAUAUAUGUAAUCAUAAUUUAAGAGGAUAACCCCUAAGUUAAUUAAAAGGAAGUGGUUCUCUGUGUCCAAAUAAAAUAAACGUAUUGGCAACAAUAAGAAAUUAAAAUGACAGAUUUG